AUGGAAGUUGUCCCCACCUUCCACGGGCUUGAGAGCCUGCCGCCGGGUGAUCAGGUUCUGUUUUCUCGAUUUGGGCGUGGCCCUUCCCUCCCUGUCCCUCAUACAACGGUUCAUGAGGCGUUCGAACAUGCCGUGGAUGCCAACCCAAGGGCUAUAGCGGCGAGGUUUAAGGGAGAAACGAUAACGUAUGCAGAGCUAGAUGUGGCAGCCAACAGAUUAGCGAACCAUCUCCUCGAGUCCGGACUGCAGCCCCGUCAACGAGUAUGUCUUGUUGUCCAAAGAUCGCUGGAGAUGCUCGUUGGUAUCUUUGCCACCUUAAAGGCCGGUUGCCAGUAUGUGCCCAUCGAUGGCGGGGUCUCGUCGGAAACAGCUUUGCGGCACGUACUUAGGGAUAGUGGGGCUCGCUUCGUUCUUUGUCUUCCAAAGUUUGAGGACACUGUGAAGCAGCAUGCUGUGGAGAACACCAUCAUUGUAGCACUGGGAACGGGUGUCGAGACGUUUUGCUCGAGAGAGAGGCCGAACUUGAAGGUUCUCGGAAAUGACGGUGUUUACGCAAUCUACACAUCGGGAAGUACGGGCAAGCCAAAGGGCGUCGAUGUUAUGCAUAGAAACGUGACAAAUACUUUGCUUCUUGAGCCUGGAAAAUUGGCCAUCGGGCCAGGUACCAACGUCGCUCAAGUACUUAACAUUGCAUUCGAUAUGGGAGCUUGGGAGAUACUCGCCUGUCUUAUGAACGGAGGGACAUUGCAUAUCAGGGACAGGAAUUGGGAAGAUACGCUGCGCGAAGUCGACGUGGUCAUCACAACGCCUUCGAUCCUAUCAAAGUACCGGAGGAAAGAUUAUCCCAACAUCAAAACCGUGGUUUCAGGAGGCGAGCCAUGUCCUCAAUCACUGGCAGACGAAUGGGCAAAGAGCGCCUUCUAUUACAAUAUAUGCGGACCAACUGAAGUCACCAUUCUAAAUUCCGCCCACGCACAUGUACCGGGUACACCUCUCUCAAUUGGCCGACCGCUUCCAAACACUACCGUUUAUGUCUUGGACGAAGACGAGAAUCCACUGCCGAUUGGUUCCAAAGGCACAAUGUGGGUUGGCGGCGCCGGAGUAUCUCGAGGCUACAUCAAUCUUCCUGAACUUACUGCCAGUCGGUAUAAGAGAGACAAGUUCGCAGAUGAUGGAAGCAUUAUGUUCUCGACGGGCGACAUCGUCAGCUGGCGGGAGGAUGGCUCCUUGAACACAUUCGGCCGGAUAGAUGAUCAAGUAAAAAUCAAGGGCUUUCGCGUCGAACUUGACGGCGUAGCUGCAGUCAUGGAGAAAUUCCCCGGCAUCACAAGAGCAUGUGCCACCCUGAUUGAUGAUUUACUAUAUGGGUUUUACGCCACGACAACACUCAUUGAUGAGCACGACCUAGAUGCGUUCGUUAGACGACAUUUGCCCUAUUACUCUGUACCCGAACGAUGGACAUAUCUUUCUUCAAUCCCGUUGACUGACAAUGGAAAAGUCAACAAACAGCAGCUCGCUGCUUUGGCCCUCCGCCCUACCAGAACAAGCCUGGUCCACAGACAAUCCACACUCAGGACGGAACGUUUGUACUACCCCGCCUCAGCGAGCUUCGUUUCACAGCGGGAUGCCGAAAAAGGAGUCGACGUCGAUGCGGUCGUCAUAUCGAGCCGACUUUCGGAGUUCAACGUAUCCAUUGCCAGUGUCGAUGACGAGCCGGAGACACUUCCUGCGAAGAACGGCUUCCGUGGACAGAGAUGGCUACGACAUCGGGUUCUGAUUGUUUACAGGAAAUUCUUUACAUUUGCCGUUAUCGCAAACGUUGCGGCAGCAGCAACUAUCCUUUAUCUACGCGUCAAAAAGGACAGAUAUAUGAUGGCAGAUAUUGCAACUGCAACUGCAGCCAACCUCACCAUGGCUGUGCUCAUGCGGUCUGAGCUAGUCAUCAACCUUCUCUUCACCAUCUUCUGCUCAGUCCCAACUUCAUGGCCACUCGCCAUCCGACGGCACUGCGCACGGAUAUUCCACAUCGGCGGAAUACAUAGUGGAUGCGCAAUUGCUGCCACGAUGUGGUUUUUCAUAUUCACCAUUGGAGGCAGCAUGGAAAUGACCAAACCCCCGGAAAUCCGAUGCAUCGAUGUCCCAUCCCUAAUUCUGACCUACAUAAUCAUGAUUAUCUUCAUAGCUAUGGUUUCAAUGUCGCACCCCACGAUGCGGGCACAACAUCAUGAUGCCUGGGAGCUGAUCCACCGAUUCGGCGGGUGGACUGCUCUAUUGCUACUCUGGAUCCAGGCAUUCCUAACAACCAAGACGUUCCAAUACGACCUCCCUCCUACAAUUGCCUACCGAUACUCGCCUCCCGUUUGGCUGCUCGCUGUGGUGACGAUGGUCAUCCUUUUCCCCUGGGUCCUGCUUCGCAAAGUUCCCGUACGGUCCGAAGUACUCUCCAGUCACGCCAUCCGCUUACAUUUCGACUACACCACACCCGUCGUUGGUACCUCUGUGCGCAUCGCCGAACGGCCUCUCAUGGACUGGCAUGGCUUCGCCACCAUAACCAAUCCCAGCGGCAAGGGCUUCUCCCUCGUCGUCAGCAGCGCCGGCGACUUCACCAAACGCACCAUCGAACGCGCACCGACUUCCAUCUGGGUCCGUGGCAUUCCCGCCUGCGGCGUCCUCCGCAUCGCCACGCUAUUCAAAUCCAUCGUCCUCGUCGCAACGGGCUCCGGCAUCGGCCCCUGUCUUGCCGUCAUCCUGGCCAAGAAGACUCCGUGCCGCAUUCUCUGGACAGCACCGAACCCGGAGCAGACGUUCGGCAAGGAGAUUAUAGACGCGGUGCUCGAUACAGACCCUAAAGCCAUCAUUCACAACACGAGGACGCAGGGGAAACCCGAUAUGGCGCUCGAAGCGUGGAAGAUGUGGAAGGAGAGUCGGGCGGAGGCGGUGUGUGUGAUUAGCAAUAAGAAGGUCACGACGAGUCUUGUGUAUAGGCUGGAGAGUAGGGGGAUUCCGGCUUAUGGUGCGAUUUUUGAUUCGUAG